AUGGCCGCAAGGAAGACGCAACAAGAAAUCGACAAGACCUUCAAGAAGGUCGCUGAAGGGAUUCAGACGUUCGAAGGCAUCUAUGAAAAGAUUCGACAAGCCACAAAUCCCACGCAACGGGAUAAGCUCGAGGACCACCUGAAGCGCGAGAUCAAGAAGCUGCAAAGGUUCCGAGAUCAGAUCAAAUCAUGGGCCGCCGGAAACGAGGUCAAGGAUAAAGCCCCGCUUAUCGAGCAGCGGAAAGCCAUUGAAGUGUGUAUGGAACAAUUCAAGGCCGUCGAGAAGGAGAUGAAGACGAAAGCCUACUCCAAAGAAGGCCUCUCAGCAGCUUCUAGGUUGGACCCCAAAGAGAAGGAGCGAGUGGAGUGUUCCGAGUUCCUGUCGAAUAUGGUGGACGAGCUUCAGUUGAAGAUCGAAGCCUUAGAAGCAGAAGAAGAAACUCUCCAUGCGCAACUGAAAAAAGGGAAAAAAGACACCAAGAAGGCAGACCGAAUGGCCGACAUCUCGCACGUAACCGAACGACAUAAGUGGCACGUGAACAAGCUGGAGUUCCUCAAUCGGUCGUUACAAAACGGUAACCUGGACGUGGGUGCGGUACAAGAUCUCAAGGAAAGUAUCAAAUACUACGUCGAGGAAGGUGGUAGCCUGGACUACUCUGGCGAAGAUGAGACGCUUUACGAUGAUCUCAACAUCGGCGAGGAGAUCGAGGCGCAGUUCGGCAUGGGUGGUGAAGGCGAUCGCGUAUCAUCACAAGACGCUCAAUCUGUACCAGAUGAAGAGCCGGAAUCUAAACCCAAACCGAAGCCAGAAGCCACUGCUCCUCGAAGACCGUCGACGCAGAUGAAAUCACCGCUUCCCGUCCUCGCUACCCUCCACCCCGCUGCCUCCUCUAGUGCCACCCCGGGCAUGAAGCCCGCUCCGCUCCCCACCCGCCCCCCUGGCGAGACCCUCAAGUACGCCUCCGCUGCGGCUGCCGCAGCUGCAAGUGAUAAAAGUGGGGUGGGAAUUCUCCCCCUUCCCCCUCCACCUGGUCUCAGCCCGGCUCUGUCCGUGGCUAUGCCAGUCUCCAAAUCUUCUACCGCUUCACCGAUCGUGGCGCCAGCACAGCCUAUCUCCAAGCCCAUAAUCUCCCCUGCUGCGGCCGCCGUAUCAGAGGACCUUGGUACCAAUGGUGAGAAGUCGGUGUAUCAUCUACCACCGGGCCUUCAAGACUUGCUCCAAUCAUUCGAGGUGACGAAGACGCGUGCUUCGGCAAACCCCUCGCCAUCAACGCAACGUCUUCUGGCCACAUCGUUGACAACGUGUCCAGAGCCUGGUGAUGCCGAGAAGCCCCGUCAUUACAAGCCUCAGAACCCCUACAGUACUCCGUUAUACUACCCGCAGGAACCUCUCUCAAUAUUUGAUGACCCUCGACUGUACGAUACUGGCAGGAUUGAUACUGAUACCCUUUUCUACCUCUUCUACUACCGCCAAGGCAGCUACCAGCAAUAUCUUGCAGCCAAGGCGCUUCGGAAUCAGAGCUGGCGUUUCCACAAGCAGUACCAAACUUGGUUCCAGCGCCACGAGGAGCCCAAGAACAUCACUGAAGAAUUUGAGCAAGGAACUUAUCGCUUCUUUGACUACGAGAGCACAUGGAUGAAUCGCCGUAAGGCCGAUUUCAAGUUCGUGUACAAAUAUCUCGAGGACGAAUUAUAA